AUGAUGCUAGAGAGAGGCAUCAUAUGCAGGUCCCACAGCGACUGGCGGAGUCCCAUCGUGGCGGUACCUAAGCCAGAUGGAAAAAUUCAUCUAUGUGUCGAUUUCCGGAAGGUAAAUGCAGUAGCGAAGUUCGAUGCCUACCCGAUGCCGAGAGUAGAUGCACUGAUAGAAAACAUUGGACAAGCUCGUUACAUCUCCACCUUAGACCUGACAAAAGGCUAUUGGCAGGUGCCAGUAGCACCUGAAGACCAAGAGAAAACAGCAUUCGCUACCCCAUGGGGGCUCUUCCACUUCCGACGCAUGCCCUUCAGACUGCAUGGAGCUGCAGCUACGUUCCAGCAUCUAAUGGACAGAGUGUUGGCCCCCCACAUGGGUUAUGCUGCCACGUACAUAGAUGAUAUUAUUAUAUAUACUGAAGACUGGGCUGAACACCUCAAAGCGCUAAGGGCAGUGGUACAAGACUUGAGAUGA